GAGAGAGAGAGACAGAGAGAGAGAGAGAGAGAGAGAGAGAAAAACAGACAGUGUAUUUCACUCACUCUUACACACACACAAACACACAGAGAGAUGAUCAUCUACCAAUGCUGUGGCUGUCUUCCUAAACCACCCCUGGUGUAACCUGUUGAUUGUAGAAGGCCGGGGGCUACAAGUCACCAUGGGGCCCCCUGACUGCUGGUCCUGGACCAGCCUACCUCUCACCAUCCUGGCUGUGCUUCUCUUCCACCGGGAUGCCAAUGGUCAUGAUUCUGAUUGUUUCCCAGAGAUUGGAGUGGUACGGAACACAGUAUGGAAAGCUUCACCUGGGCAACAAUUGAAGAUUAACUGUUCUAUUGCUUUCUGUUCCAACUCACCACCACCACCAUCACUAUGGUGUAAGGUUGAUGAAUCAAACAACUGCAAUCCUGUCAACACAACAACUAUCUUUCAAACACAGUGGACCAGUUUGACAAACACUACAGGGAUCUCAUUUCUGGUCUUCACCAGCAUUUCCAUAUACGAUGUAGGUCUGUACAGGUGUGCAUUAAAUGGAGCCUCUGUGAGUCAUUCUAUCAAUGUUACUGUCUCAGACAGUACAGUGAGUCAGAGUGACAGUUUCCUGGAGUGGGUGUGGCCUUAUGUUUACUCCUCGGCUGGGAUUAUGGUGUUUGUCAUCGUGGUGAUAACCAUAUCCAUGCUCUCAAUGCGUGGUUGUAAAGGUGCCUGUCCGGCCAGGAAGUCAAGGAAAGAGGACCAAACAGAGAACCAGUAUAUGGCUAUACCAAUGACCCAGCAAGCAUUCCCACGACCCAACCCACAAUCCCACCACAGAGGAAGCAUCCGAUCCCACCAAUCCCAGGACCGGCCCCAACCCCAGCCCCGGCCCCAAGCCCAGGCACAAGCCCAGCCCACCCCACAGCCGGACUGUAUCUAUGACAAUGCACCUGCCAGGGGCCCACGUCGCACUCAUCCGGCACCCGGCCAAGCUGCAGCCAAUCAGGUAGCUGUCCCGGUGGACACGGACAAUACCUAUAGCAACGGGAAGGAGAAAGAGGAAGAGAGUGAUAUCAUGUACGCAGCGCUAAACCAUCAGGUAAAGCCUCGAGCCGCUGCACGCCCUGCACAGCCUCGGGUAGAGGGCUCAGAGUACGCAGCCAUACGAGUGUCCUGAGCCCUGGAACCAGGAAGUAAAACUCCUCUUCCCAGAGGGGCACAGUCCUACUGGUCUUUGUUUCUCCCUGAUUACGAGAAGGGGGUCGCUGCGUCCCAAAAUGGCGACCGGAGUAUGGGCGAGUGGGUGUGUCAAAGGGGAAGUAGUGGGUGUGCGGAAAGGAAUGGGUGUGUCAAAUCGUCUGCUAUAGGUUAGACGCUUUUGAUUGAGCUGUAUUUUUUCUCUUCCGUUUCUUGCCACUCAACCAGACUGUGACACACAACUAGGUGCUAUCAUCAACCAAAAAGGGUUAUUUGUCUGUCCUCAUAAGAGAACCCUUUGGAGAACCCCCUUUGGUUCCAGGUAGAACCCUUCUGGGUUCCAUGAAGAACCCUUUCCACAGAGGGGUCUGGAAUCCAAAAGAGUUCUACCUGGAACCAAAAAGGGUUCUCCUAUGGGGACAGCCGUAAAACCCUUAUGGAACCCUUUUUUUCUAUGAGUGUACCUCACAUUGAGCUACCAUACUGCGAGUGUUGGGACAUCUGUUUUUAAGCCAGAGGAUGAGUCUGAGUGUUAGAAUUACAUGAAUAAUUGUACAUUUUCCGGUUUAAAACUGCAGAUUGUUUAUUGGGGCGGCAGCUAGCCUUGCGUUGGGUCAGUAACCGAAAGGUUGCUAGAUCAAAUCCCAGAGCUGACCAGGUCAAAAUCGGUUGUUCUGCCCCUGAACAAGGCAGUGAACCCACUGUUCCUAGGCCAUCAUUGUAAAUAAGAAUGCGUUCUUAACUGACUUGCCUAGUUAAAUAAAUAUUAAAUAAAACAUUUGAAGUAUUGAUGAUGGGUGUACUGUUGCUUUAUGGGUUGUACGCAUGUUCCUACUGUGACUGUCACCCUGAUAUAUUACUGUGACUGUCACUCUGAUAUAUUACUGUGACUGUCCCUCUGAUAUAUUACUGUGACUGUCACCCUGAUAUAUUACUGUGACUGUCACCCUGAUAUAUUACUGUGACUGUCACCCUGAUAUAUUACUGUGACUGUCACCCUGAUUUAUUACUGUGACUGUCACCCUGAUAUAUUACUGUGACUGUCACCCUGAUAUAUUACUGUGACCGUCACCCUGAUAUAUUACUGUGACUGUCACCCUGAUAUUAUUACUGUGACUGUCACCCUGAUAUAUUACUGUGACCGUCACCCUGAUAUAUUACUGUGACCGUCACCCUGAUAUAUUACUGUGACUGUCACCCUGAUAUAUUACUGUGACUGUCACUCUGAUAUAUUACUGUGACUGUCCCUCUGAUUUAUUACUGUGACUGUCACUGAUAUAUUACUGUGACUGUCACCCUGAUAUAUUACUGUGACUGUCACUGAUAUAUUACUGUGACUGUCACUGAUAUAUUACUGUGACUGUCACCCUGAUAUAUUACUGUGACUGUCACCCUGAUAUAUUACUGUGACUGUCACUCUGAUAUAUUACUGUGACUGUCACUGAUAUAUU